UUUACAAAUCGACUAGUUAGUUCCAAGUGCCCGCGCGAUCAUUAAUAAUCCGCUCACUGGUUCAUUUAACUCAAAAAAUAGAACAAGCACGACCUGCUCAAUUCGAAUUGACUGAUCAGUUGUGCAGGCCAGGCUUGUUCUAUGCAAGAAUCGUGUUUAGAAUGGCAUAUGUAUGAUGCCUACUAUGUACCUAUCCAGACCUAUCCCAGUACAUGGAGAUGCAAGCCACAAGCCACGGGUAGUCUGAGGAACAUCAAUAGUCGCAUCAUUAGGAGGAUUGAUGGUUGCUACCAGAUCUACUGCCCGAUUUGACGCCGUUCAUGUGCACUAACUAGGAGAAUAGGGGUCGCUCUAUAGGGUCGACUUAGGUACCUUGGUAGGCUACCCCUGAGAGGUUUUAAUAAGAGACUUCCAGUUCUACAAGCUCAUGAUAAGAUUACUCGCCUUAGAUAAUGGCGUUAAAGAUUCAAGGAACUACAUAACCUAUAAUCUUAUGACGUCCUUGUCGUACGUUGUCGGUGCACCUUUUUCUAUCGAACUAACUAAAAUAGCUAAAUAGUUCGAAUUCGGGGUCCGUAACUCGGAGGUGCGAUGCAUCCAACGCCGACUCGACUCCUCUGUGAAUUUAACCGUUACUAUCUAUACCAUCUUCAUCAUCGUCGUCUUCCCCUAGUCACGCUUUCGUUAUCUCAGAAAAACAGAAGACAUCAGCUUGUCAUCAACCUCAAAUCAUACUCAACCAUGAGUUCAGACAUUUCGAUUGUGGGAUUCAAAGGGCCUUCGACGCUGAAACCGAUCAAUCUCUUAAUCGGUCGGCCAAGUCCACGCUUACAAGCGGCGGACAAGCUAGCGGCAGCAUCUCAGAUAGUACUGUUGCAGCCCGCAAAGUCCGACUGGGCUUUAACGUACGGGCCUGAUCAUGGCGAAGAUGAAAUCCGCGAGCAUGUCGCCACCUGGCUCAGCCAGAAAUAUCAGCCCGCACCAGGUCCCAUUACCCGAGACCGCAUCAUCAUCACGAAUGGCGCUUCGGGAGCGCUCACGGCAAUUCUACAGAAGUUUACCGAUCCGUUAUACACGCGCCGCAUGUUUCUUGUAGAGCCUGCCUAUUUCCUUGCCAUCAACUCUUUUUUGGACGCAGGUUUCGGUCAGAAAAUGCAAGGCGUCCCUGAGGACGAUGAGGGUAUCGAUCUUGAAUUUCUGCGACGCAGGCUGGAGGAAGAAGAGAGCAAAUACGCCAAUGGCAUUCAAACUUCCGGUGCGCCAACCACGAAACCCGAAAGCCUCGGGUAUAAGAAGCUUUACAAGUACGCCCUGUAUGUGGUCCCAACUCUGUCUAAUCCCAGCGGCAAGACAAUGUCGCUGCAUCAUCGUAAAGCUCUGGUAGAGCUAGCACGUAAGUACGAUAUCCUUUUAAUCGCGGACGAUGUCUACGAUUUUCUUGCUUGGCCGGCCGACGAUAGUGUCCCGCAUAAGAACAUGGAAGUCCCUCCAAGGUUGGUGGACAUCGACCGACAGAUGGGUUUCACGAGUGAAUGGGGAAAUACAGUAAGUAAUGGGUCUUUCUCAAAAAUGGCUGCGCCUGGCCUUCGGGUGGGUUGGUGCGAGGCGACUCCGAGUUUUGUCUAUGGCUUAUCUCAAGCCGGAGCGACUCAUUCUGGUGGCUGUCAAAGUCAAUAUACUUGUUACUUAAUCGAUCACAUGCUCGUUUCCGGCGUUCUAGAAGACCAUGUGCAAAAUACCUUGAUCCCAAUAUACCGAAAACGAUAUAAUAUUCUAGUAGAUGCUAUCAAGACUCAUCUCUACCCGCUUGGAAUGAAGAUAUCAACCGGGCUACCUUACGAGACUUAUGCGAAAAACGACAACGGGAACCGCGUUCCGGCUACACUUGCAGGAGGAUUCUUCAUGUAUUUGGACUAUCCGGACAAGGAAAACUUCCCAGCAGCUGCCGAUAUUGUCCGAAUCGGUGGCGAUGAAUAUGGCUUAAACAUUGCGCCAGGUGAAAUCUUCGUCGUGCAAGGAGACCCCGAAAGCAUGAAGAGGGCAAACGCGUCUUGGAACAGAGGGACUAGACUAUGUUGGGCAUGGAACGAAGAGGACGAAAUAGUCGAAUCCAUCCAGAGGCUAGCAAAGGUGGUUCAACAAUUAACGAGAUGAUGACGAUACAGCCUUAGAAUGAGGGAGGAUAGGAGCCCAGAUAGAUGGGUACCAGUAACAGACUUCUUUUAAAUAUAUUCGAUACCUAACAUACGGCUAACUAGGUACUUCUCUGUUAUAAGUCAACCCUUUAUACCGAAGAUAUCUUAAGCCAUUUGUUCUCCAUAGUGGGGAGGAUGCAAAUGUUGGAAAUAACACAAACCUGAUAUAUCG